UCGCUGGUUUAUAACAAGAACACGAUUUUAAUCUUAUCCAGGAAAUACUUAUCCCUAAACUUUCCGAAGCUAACAAUUGCCUAUCCCAUCUCAGGCCUUCCAUUCAAUUCCAAGAAUUGGCAAUGGGUGUCAGAGCCAGAAAUGGAAAUGAUCGUUUGAGGACAAUUUGGACACCUGAAAUGGAUAAAUAUUUUAUAGGUCUUCUGUUAGAACAAGUGAGUAAAGGGAAUAAAUUUGAUGAUCAUUUAUUUAGCAAAAGAGCUUGGAAGAGUAUGACUUUGUUGUUCAAUUCAAAGUUUAAAUUUCAAUACGAAAAAGAUGUUCUCAAAAAUCGGCAUAAGACGCUGCGGAAUUUGUACAAGGCGGUCAAGAAGCUCCUUGAUCAGAAUGGAUUUAGCUGGGAUGAAAAUCGACUAAUGAUCACGGCUGAUAAUAAUGUUUGGGAUGAAUAUGUCAAGAUGCAUCCGGAUGCUCGUGCAUUUAGGAUAAAAACUAUCCCGCAUUAUAAAGAUUUGUGCUUGAUAUACGGAGAUUCGAACAUUGAUGAAAAAGCUGACAGUGAAGCAGCCGGAGCCGGAGCCACUCAGGAUAAGAGUGCCGGUGAGGAAGAUAUGGAUAGCUUUCAAGGAAUCAUAGUUGAUGAAGGAUUUGAAAUCUCUAUGUCAAAUGUGGCAGUUGAUGAUUCCGUAUCGAAAGACUUAAUGGAUGUAACUGGAAGCACAGCAACUAACCGUAGUAGAACGUGUUGGCAACCGCCAAUGGACCGCUUUUUUGUUGAUCUUAUGGUGGAGCAUAUGCGGAAAGGGAAUCAGAUUGAUGGUGUUUUCCGGAAACAGGCGUGGAUUGAUAUGAUUACAGUUUUUAAUGCUAAAUUUGGCUUUAAUUAUAAUGUGGAUGUUCUGAAAAAUCGCUACAAGACUCUGAGAAGACAACAUAAUGUUAUAAAAAACCUUCUUGAAUUGCCUGGAUUUGCUUGGGACGAUACUCGUCAAAUGGUGACUGCUGAUGACUUUGUCUGGCAAGACUAUAUCAAGACACAUACGGAUGCGCGGCAGUUCAUGACGCGACCUGUCCCCUACUACAAUGAGUUAUGCAUGAUAUUCAGCGAUCAAACCUUCGACGGAAACGACUGUUUCUCAUCGCAAUGCUUGGAGUUACAAAAUGAUUUCCAAGAUGUUAAGUUUCCGAGGGCUUCACAAGGUUCUCUAUCUCCACCUGCAUCCGUCUCAAGUGAAGAGGAAAUUGGUGAUCUGUUGGAGUCUCUAGAUGCUGCUACAGAAACUGCUCUAUUUUAUGAGAAAAAGAAACGCCAAUCAAAGAAUCCCUUAUGUUCAGUUCAUCCUAAGAAGCUACGAGGCAAACAGGACAGAAUGGCUGGUGCUCCUCACGAGAUGGUGACUGGAGUGUCGUCUUUGUUGGAGAAAAGGAAGGAUGAGAAUACGGAUUCUAUUUCGAUCGAAAAUGUAGUUAAAGCCGUUCAGGCUGUACCUGACAUGGAUGAAGAGCUUAUACUAGACGCUUGCGACUUCUUAGAAGACGAAAUGAAAGCAAAAACAUUUAUGGCUUUAGAUAUUAAACUGCGGAAGAAAUGGUUGCUGAGAAAGCUUCGGCCGCAACUAUAGACCUUAUGAAGCUCUUCUUUCAUUUUUCAUAGGCUGUACAGGUUUAGAUUCUGCUAAUGUAAAUCUUAGCUUGUCGAGCAGUGUAGUUAGCUAGAUGUCCAAAUUUGCUCAAAAGAAGUGAGUUUUGGGAUGUCAAGCUCAAAUUUAUUAUAAAAACUAUAAAUAAGUUAAGUACAAAUUUAUUUA